AUGACGCUCUUGGCGACCAUCCUCUGCCUGCCGGCCUUCAUGCAGAACUUUCGCGUGCCGCCGCAGACACACCGGCAUCCAGCGGCGGUCAUGGGAGAGUCCAGCGACAGCGAGGCGCAGCGGCAGCAGCAGCAGCAGCAGCAGGAGCGGCUGAGAGCGCUGGCAGAGCACUUCCUGGCUGUUAGUUGCGCCAUCGCGUUGAGCCCAAACCUGGACCUGCAGCCGUUCACAGUUCCUCAGGGCUGGCUCUCCUCCCCUUCGCCGCCGCCGUCCCAGGAGUUCUCCACGCAGGCGCUCGUGGAGGAAGUGGAGAGGCGCGAGCCCGCUCUCGCUGAGCUGAUCGAUGCGUGCGUCGAUCGCGCUCCCUCUCUCUGCCGGCCCUCGGCGAUGCUGCCUCUCGCGCGCCUCGCCGCGUGGGUGCCGAGCGAGAGGUGGGUGCGGCCGCUGGAUGCGUGGCUCGGAGAGACUAGCGGAGGAGAGGCGGAGGCGGAGGAGGAGGAGGAGGAGGAGGAGGAGGAGGAGGGGAGGAGGGAAGAAGAGGCGCUGCGAGGGCUGGCGGCCCACCUCCUCGAGGAGUGGCCUGUUCCGCAAGCGCUCCACGGCGCCCUCGCCUUCGCCGACCGGCCUCUCUCCGAGGCUGCGCACCGAGUCGCAAAGGCCUUCGUCGCGGUGCACGCCGCAGCGGGCCGCGGGGAGGCGUCGGUGCUGGAAAGCCUGCGGGAGCACGUCGCGCCGGGUAUGACGAAGGCCGCCGCCAAGCAGUUUGUACAGCCGGGUGGGGCGGCUGGCGACGGCCCGCUCUUCGCGCUGCGGCGCGCUCAGGUGGCUAGCCUCGGCGGCGCGGCUUGGGUGGGGGAGGCGGCGUGCGAGACGCGGCUGGGCCGUUCGAUCCUGCGAUCGGGCGAGCCGAGCGAGGAGUUUGGGUCGGUGGCGCUGGACUGGGCUUGCCGCUACGAGGAGGCGCUUCCGGCCGCGCAGAUGGCCUCGACAAUCGACUUUCUGCUCGAGAUGCGCGCGACGCAGCCCGACUACACCUGCGUCGGCCGCACCCCGAAGACGGUGCGCGCCGCCCUCGAGGCAUACGUCGCCUCCACCAUCUCCUUUGGCGAGGUGCAGGACGAGGCCUUCCAGCCAAACCCGCGAGGGCUCAAGCCGUGGUUCGAGCUCGGCGCGACCAUCCCGGCCCGCACAAAGGUUCGCGUGCCGUACGAGGGCCCGUGCGAGCUCGGGGGCGCCGGCCAGCCGGGCGCGGAGCCGGCGACGGUACGCGUGGCCGAGAUCCUCUCGCUGCGCCGCCUCUUUUACGAGGGCGAGCAGCUGUGCAACUGCCUCGAGGACAGCCGCCGCUCGCAGAGCAAGUACCUGCAGCGGGCGCGGGAGCGCGUCUCCUCCUUCUGGAGCCUGACGCGGCAGGAGGAGGGCGGCCCCGUCGAGCACCUGUGCCUCAUCGAGGUGUGGCACAUGGGGGGAGGGCGCAACGAGAUCCGGCAGGCCGAGGGGCCGAGGCCGCGCACCAUCCCCAGCGCCGAGGCGUGGUACUGGCUGCAACAUUGGUGCGAGAGGGAGGGCGUCGACCUCUCCACGUGGGACUGCUACUCCUAG